AUGAGUCAUCUACUUGCAAGGAAAACAUCAACAUCUUCUCUACGCCGCAAGCCAUCGGAAUCUACUUCUGUCGCCAGCUCCACCACACCCAGCGACCAAAAGUCAAGGGAGGAAAAGAGCACUCCAUAUGGAAAUGCGCGCUACAGAACACUUGAAACCAAGGACAGUUUUAUGAAAGAAUCAAAACUGGGUAUCACGGAUGUUAGCAAAAGCAGUUAUCAAACUUUGCUGGAUGCUGAACAAAGAGUUUUGGAUAACUCAUUAUUUCGUGACAAUCUAUUCAAAAAAAUCUGUGAGAAGAUGCAGAAUAGGAAUGAGGCCAUGAUUAUUUAG